GAGACACAAAAACACAACACAACUUCCUCUAAACAAGCAUACAUAUACACGCAAAUCUCUAUCUAUAAUCUCCUUUCUCUACAAAAACACACGAACAAUCAUCUUCAUUUUACUCGUCACACAGUAUAUAAAGAGACCAGAAAUUGGAAAAGGAAACAGAUUGGGCCUUCUCUCUCUUGAAAUUUGCAUACACAAAUAUUAAGGCUCUGAAACAAACAGCUCGAGGCGGCGAGAAAGACUAGGGUUUUUUUCUCUACACAUAAGACUUCGGGGUAUAUUGUUCUUCUUUAAUAAAAUCUGGGUCAGUUGGUAUUCCUAUUAAUCUUCAACGCUUAGACAUUUUUGGUAGUUUCGCACAAAACCGGACUGCUGAACCCAAUCGGAUUUUUCUUGAACUUUUGGGAUUUUUUGUCGUCUUUGGAUGAUUUUGGGUUCUGGGCUUUUAUAGUAUCUCUGGUUUUCAUACAAGUGGUUCUUGAAGAAUUGUUUGGUUUUUCCAAAUUUUAUGCAUGGAGUAGGGUAUUGUUUAAAUUUUCUGUUAGUGCGAUGAGGGUCUUCUUGGCGUGUUUUUUUCUUGAACAUGGACCUCUUGAGAAGCCUUUGUUGAUACCGGUUCUGGGCAUUGAAAAGAUUGCAGAAGCUUGGCAUUGUUAAUAAUGUCAGUAGAUUUCUUGUUGAUUGGAUUUCACACGUAUAUAAAUUGUACAGAGAGAAAAAGAAAACCCUAUUGACCCUGUAUAGAACAGUUCUGAUUCUUUUAUUUGAGAAUGGUUUUCUUGGGAGGAAUGGAUGGGCAACUUUUGAAUUUUUGAUUGGUAGAGUUGAUGCUAGUGCGCCAAGGACUUUGGUGUUAGGGAAAGUAGGAUUAGUGUGUACUAGAUUUCAGGUUAAAAUACGUUUGGGUUAACUUGGUGAAGAUGCUUUCACUUCUAUUUGGGUGGGGAAAUCUGGCAGUUACCAAUCGUUAAUGCGUGGAGUUGAAUGUGUGGUCAUUAAUUUGAACAAGACAAGUCAUUUAUUCUUUUUUAUGAUCAUGUUUGGCACUAGUCAUGGAAAGAAGUGAGCCCACGUUAGUACCGGAAUGGUUGAAAAAUGCUGGGAGUCUGAUUGGUGGUGGCUCUACAUUGCAUUCAGAUGAUAAUACUGGAUUGAAGCUCGCAAGAAAUAGGUCUUCAGUGAAUAGUAAUGGUCAUGAUUUAGGGCGAUCACUUGGUUCUGGCAGAACUACUUCCUCUUAUUUUCGCCGUAGUUCUAGUAGUAAUGGUUCGACUCACUUGAGGUCUUACAAUAGUUUCAAUAGAAACCACCGAGAUGGGGUAUGGGAGAAGGAUGCAUAUGAUUCUGGUGACAAAGAAAGAUCAGUUUUUGGGGACUGUAGGCGGCAAGACUUUUCAGACCAGUUAGGGAAAAUUUUGUCUACUAGUUUUGAAAGGGAUGGGUUAAGACUUUCGCACUCACUGGUCUCUAGGAAACAUGGAGAUACCUGGCCUAAGAAAAUCUUAAUUGACUCUAGCAAUGCCAGUGGAAACAAUAGCAAUGGGUUGGUUAGCAAAAACAGUCCCAUUGGCAGUGUGAACAAAGCCUCAUUUGAAAGAGAUUUUCCCUCCCUGGGAGCAGAAGAAAGAUCAGCUGCUCCUGAUGUUGUAAAAGUUGCUUCUCCCGGUUUGAGUGCUGUCAUUCAGAGCUUACCAGUUGGUACCUCAGCCGUGAUAGGUGGUGAAAAAUGGACAUCAGCUCUGGCAGAGGUGCCUGUGUUAGCUGGAAGUAGCGGGACUGGAGUUUCCUCCCAGCAAGCCCCUCCUUUAAACUCUGCCACCAUGGCAUUGAGCAUGACCACUGGUCUCAAUAUGGCUGAAGCUGUGGCUCAGGGGCCUCCUCGCACUCAGACUACUCCUCAGUUAUCUGCUGGAACUCAGAGGCUUGAAGAACGUGCCAUCAGAAAAUCUAAACAAUUGAUUCCUGUGACGCCAUCUUUGCCAAAAGCAUUGGUGUCAAUUUCUUCUGACAAACAGAAGACUAAGGUGGGCCAUCAGCAGCAUCCUCAUGUUACCAGUUCUUCACGGUGUCCAGCCGUGAAACCUGAUGUUUCAAAGAUAUCUAGCAUGGGGAAGCUUCAAGUUCUCAAGCCAGUGCGAGAAAGAAAUGGCGUCUCUCCUGCUGUGAAGGAAAACUUAAGCCCAACGGGUGGUAGCAUGACAAAUUCCUCACUUUCUGUUGCUCCAUCAGUUACUGGAUCUGCAGCAGUUAGGCAUCCCCCACACUACCCGGUCCUUCAUACAGUUGAAGGCAAGCCCGUACUUAAUGCAUUGGAGAAGCGCCUCACUUCUCAAGCACAAAGCCGAAAUGAUUUUUUCAACCUUAUGAGGAAGAAGUCUAAGGCAAAUUCCACAUCUAUUUCUGAUCCUGGCUUGCCCCCAUCUUCAUCUGUAUCUGAGAAGCUUGUUGAAACACAGGUUUCCUCUGCUUCUAGGACUACUGAGGCUAGAGACCCACAAUCUCCAGUUAGCUCGAGUGGAGGCCACUUGUCCGAUGAGGGGGGUGAUUUGAUCUGCAAUGGUGAUGCUAUUGAGAGUCAAAAAUGUCUUUGCUAUGGAAAGAAAUAUCCAAGCUCAUAUCCAUUAUUUUCAGAGGAAGAAGAGGUCGCAUUUUUACGCUCUAUGGGCUGGGAAGAAAAUAAUGAGGAGGGUAGCCUUACCCAGGAGGAAAUCUGUGCUUUUUACAGGGAUCUACAAAAGUAUAUCAAUUCUAAGCCGUCCCUGAAAAUAUUGCCAGUACUGCCAAAGAUUUUGUCGACGUUCAACUUGCAAGGCAUUGGUGUCAUUUCUUCUGGGUUGAGCUCAUCUGAUGGUAAACUGGAAUCUUGAUUCGCUGAACUUAAUGCUGGGUUUCCUUUUGGCGUUUCUUCAAUUUAUUUCGAUCUAUGGGUAGAUUAGUAGGUGCAGUAAGAAAGGAUGGUGCAUUUAAACACAAUUUUUCCCUAUCUUGGAAGUGGGAUAGAAAUAAGCAGUCCCAACUCCCGAGGUGACUUCUGAUGACUGGGUUCUAGAGUUUUCUGAAGUUCAAAGGUCUAGUAAAGAAAAUAGAAUAGGUUUCUUGUCAAGUUGCUUCAAGAAAUUGCUCGGUUUGCAAAGUCGGUACCUAACAGUUUUGGGUUUUUGAAUAGGCGUUCUUUCGAAGAAACUAUGGUUUCUUUACUCCAUUAAAGAAAGAAAAAACGUGUUCUUAGUAUCUGUUUGCUUGUGGAUUUUUUUAUUUUUUCAUGCGUUUAUUUUUGAUUGCUAUCUUAUCCUUUCAUACUAAGGUGAUAUAGAGAACUCAGAUUUUAUCGACUAGCUGAAAGAUUCUUAGUCAGGGGUGAGUCUUUCAUGCCGGAUUUAGGUGUCUUGAAUUAUUUUCGAGCUGUUGAUUGGUUU